AUGAAAGGAAUCCACGUUCUUAUCUCUUCUCUUUUUGUCUUUGGGGCCCUUGCAUCCCCUGUCAAACGAGAUGACCGCGGUUCUUACACUGUAUCGGGCCUUGGCCAGCGCAAGCAAGCCAUAUUGAAUGCCGGCGGGAACACCCUUGACCUUGCCAUUGCGAUGCUGGAGACUGAGACAAUGACAACCGACUAUACCUAUGGCGACGGGAAGACCGAAGACGCCGCAAACUUCGGGCUCUUCAAACAGAACUGGGGCAUGCUCCGUGUGUGUGCUACUCGGUACGGUCUAGCGGGCCAGACCGAGGCUCAAUGGAACAACGGUGCUCUACUCAAUUCCAACGUGUAUGCCGACGUGGCCUCUCGUUGGGACUGUCAAAACUACUAUGGAGUUGACCUUUGGUUUGCCGGUCAUCGGGACGGCGCAUCUGGACUGGCUAAUCCUAACACCGACGAUAUUAACAGUAUUUUCCCCUGCCCCUCGUACCCAGGGUGCCGUUUGACUGACUCCUCUCUCGCAGACUAUAAGAAUGCCGUGUACUGGAUUCAAGGGCAAAUUGACAGCAAUUCCGUGUAUAAGUCUGAUGACACCCGCUUCUGGGUAGAUGUUACUGCCAUCUAG